AAUGGAUGACAGUAAAUUAUUAGAGAGUACGGCUUUCGAAAAUUCAGCGGCGUCUAUUUUCAACAUUUUCGAUUCGGUUAUGGAAAAUAGCGAAAACGUAGAUGAGGCUAUAAAAACGUGCCAGAGGGCUGGAAGAAUGCAUUCCCGAAUCCAGAAUUUUGACGUUGCCUAUUUUAAAGAUAUGGAAGGGACGUAUAUCGAAGCCUGUAAAAACGUUCUGGGCGACCGAUUUACGGAAGCUACCGAAAAGAAUUUCCGCCUUCUCUACGGCUUCGUCGUUCAGCACAUGAUAGACGGUUUGCAAGCCACUAAGUCCAAGGUGACGACUGUGGACGCAAAUCGUAUUUAA